GCAGAGUAGAAGGAAUGUUAGGACUGUUGGUAGUCCUAAGGACAUAUGGCAUAUACCUGAUGGGGAAAGGAUAGUGAUCCAAUUCAAUGCCGCACACCAACCAAUGGGCCCGGGUAGCGAGAAAUUUAGAAGAAUCUGUGGGAAGAUCGUAAGAAAUGGUCGUUUUAUCAAUUUGCAUGGUAACUGGAGGAAGUUACCACCAGGAGGGAAGGAACAGAUGUGGCUCACCCUAACGAAAAAAUUCCAUAUGGAGCCUGUUCACGACAUCGUGAACAUAAAAAGACUGACGUUGAUGGACCUCGCAAACAAAAGAAGGCAAUUCAGGCACGAGGUCAAGAAAAGUGUGAAUUUGCAAGAAACAGAUACCGUAGAAUCUGUGGUUCGUAGGGCGGUGACAGCGCAAAUUUUUGAUUCAGAAGACUUUGAAAUGCAAGUUGAUAGGUGGUUGUCUUCGGCUGAUAAGGCGAAUUCAUUGAAGGCCAAGAUGAGCCGUAGCUGCAACGCAUUUCUUCAUACUCUGGGAUCGAAGAGCGUUGCACAGGUUGCACGAGAAAUGGAGGAAGACACAGGUGAAACCCCGAACCGAGACGAUAUGUUCAUUGUCUCGCAUACCAAGAAAGAUGGGACCCCUGUGAAUGUAACGGCUGGGGAAGCUAUGGCGAAGAUAAAGGCAAUUAUCGAAAAUCAGUCGCCUUCAGGACGAGAAAGUUCACAGGGGUCGGUAUAUUGGUCGCACAACGAUGCGUGCGCACAAGUGCUAGGACGGGAACAUUCCGGACGUGUACGAGGGGUGGGGCUAGGGCCGACUCCCGGUAAAUCCUCCUCUUAUUCCUUCGAACAAGGAUCAAUAUCUAGUUCGCCUACUUCAAGAGAAAUGGAGAUGGCUGCUGAGGUAGAACGCUUGAGGAAUUUGUGCGAAGAGCAAAACACCAAAUAUGCAGCGCAACAGCAAGAGUUGGAAAGUGUCAAACGUAUGGUAGCUAUGAUUAUGGCGGGAAAAGUACCAUCAACAGAAAACAACCAAGAAGGUGAUGUCUAGUUGUCUAGGUAUUUGGACUUGAUUGUUGUUGUCCUUGAAAUUGAAUUUAACUUAUGAUAUGUAAGCUAAUACGUAUAGACUGUUAUCGUGUGAAUUUGAAUUUGCACAAGUUGUUGUUGGUGCCAUUUAAUUUGGAUUUGGAUAUGGAUGAUGUUGGAUGUUGGAUUUGGAUAUGGAUGAUG